AAACCAACGAACAAAAUAAAAAUGAAUCUGAUAGUGAUAUUGCCAGAAGAAUGUCUACUAUGAGUCAAAGUACUUUUAGUAUGGGAUCUUGGCAACCAAACACUGGUAAUUUCCGUGACCAGUUUAUUAAUGAUAAUGAUAAUGAAUCUCAAAUAAAUUUCAACCCUUAUGGAACAGAAUCAAGUAAUUAUAACAAAUUUACCAAAGUAAGAAAUUCUUCUGGUAUAUCAUUUUCUGACGUUGCGUCAACAAAUAGCUCAAUAUCAGUUCCUGAAACUAUCGAUGUUCCUUUACCAAGUAUUAACGAAAAUAAUGAUGAUGAUUCAACAAGCGAUGACGAUGGAUCAUUUGUCAGUCAUAAUACAUCCAAAAAUGAUUUAGCUUCAACAAAUGAAAAUAAAUUAGAAGCCAUGAAAACAAUAGACUCGGUUUUGAAGGACCCUCCAAGAUCGAAACCAGUUUUCGAAGAAGAAAGAAUGACUCCUAAAGCGUCUUCAGAAAACCUUGGAGUGCCUUCUAAAUCGGUCGAUGCUCUUGAUAUUAGUCACACUCCAAAAUAUUCUAGUUUAUUAAGCGACCAAAGUACUGCAACUAACACGGUAUCGUCAAUGUCAGAUAAAAGAUCUAGUAUUGGGUCUUUAAAAGAAAUAUUAACUUCAUCUCAUAAAAGAUUAAUCAGUUCUGCCACUUCACUCACUAACUCAUCCAAUGAAACUCCUCAAACUCAAAAGAAAUCUGUUCCUUAUAUCCAACAACCACAGCCUGACUAUAAUUGGAAAAAAAUCAUGGCCACUUCCCAACCAAUAGAUCGUAUUCGUCUUUUAAAAGAUGCCUUGGGAAAGGAAUCUUCGUAUGAUACCGGUCUACUGAAUUGGCUUAAUGAAACCUUGAAAAGCUCACAGAACUCUUCCAACAUGCAUAUUGGUAAAAUCGCAACGGCGGCCUAUAAAAAUGCUGCCCAUAACGAUAUCAGAAGACAUACUUCAAUCAGAAGUAAAGUCAAUAUCGUCAAGGAUAAAGUCGAAACUUCGGGUUUGUCUGCUACUAGUUUCGGUAAGAAGUUCUUCCACCGCGGUAAGAAACUAAUGAAGUCUUCAGGUAAUGACUAGUUAUGUAUUAAUAUACUUAUAUAACCA